GAUUAUAUAUUAUAUGAGGGAGAAAUGCUUCAGACAUGCCAUAAAUAUAGCUGUGGAGAAUUUAAAGUUGUAUAGUAAUGAUCCAGUGCUUCGUUUCUUCAAAGCUUUCGCAACUCUGAUGGAAGGUCACAUUCAAGAGGCUUUGCGAGAGCUCGUCCAGCUGAAAGAUCAUCCACAUCUGUCUCUGUGCUCAACAGUAGCUCUCAUGUGCGCACACAAACGUUGCGAAACCAUUGAUCGAGAUGCUGUGAAUGAGCUGAACUCUGACCUGAAGCUGUCUGGAUCCACAGCCGGUGACAGAGCGUUGUAUUACGCAGCGUUGCUUUACUGGAUCCUGGAGCUGAACCACAAAGCCAGAACAUGCAUCAAAAGGAUGCUGAAACUCAAUGAUGCGUCACCAGAGGGGCUUAUUCUCAAAGGCUGGAUAGUGUUGAACUCUGACACGGAAGAGAACAGACAUCAGGCUAUACGUUACUUUGACAGCGGUGUUCAGGACACGGGAAAUUUAUUUGGACUCAUGGGAAAAAUUGAGUUCUUCAUGGCGAAGCAGAAUGAGCAGUGCGCUCUUGACAUUGCCAAUCAGAUCAUAGUCUCUCAUCCAGACUUCAGCCCGGCACUCGUCGUGAAGAUGAAGGUGUUCAUGUCUCUGCGUGACUGGCAUCAAACAGAGGACGUCGCCCGGAGAGUUCUGGAGAGAGACGGGCAUGAUCUGAAAGCUCUUCAAAUGAUGACUGUUAUUGCUGCGGCUAAGGAUGGAAAUAUGGAGAUGGUGAAAGAGCGUCUUCAAGCUUUAAUGAACGCAGUUGAGAUCUCUGAGCCCAGUAAUCCCAGCCUGCAUCUGGAGAUCACAGCACCCAUCAGCCGACUGGUUCGAGAUCGAUUCCAGUUCAAUCUGCUCAAAUCUCGUGCUCUGCUGAGGUCUGGAGACCUGAAGAACGCUAUUCAGUGCCUGAACAUCACAAUGAACAUGGCAGGGGUCCGCAGGCCCUCAGAGGGCCCGCAGUCUUCAGUCACCAGCAGUGAGCGAGUGUCUGUGUACCUGGCGCUCACAGAGGCCCUGAGACUCAACGGACAACAGCACGAGGCCACUAAAGUUCUGCAAGACGCCAUUCUGCUCUUCAAAGGGACACCAGAGGAGACGCGUGUCAUGCUUGCUAAUGUGGAUCUGGCUUUGGGGAGAGAUGAUGUGGACGCCGCUGUGGCCAUCCUGCAAAACAUUCUGCCUACUGAAUCAACCUACAUCCAAGCCCGCGAGAAAAUGGCUCACAUUUACCUGGAGAGGAGAAGAAACCAGAAGCUUUACAUUGCAUGUUACAGAGAAAUAAGUGAGCAGCUUCCAGGACCUCAUACUAGCAUCUUGCUGGCUGAUGCCUUCAUGAACAUACACCAGCCAGAGGAAGCGGUCAAGAUCUACCAAGAAGUAGAGAAGAUGGCUCCUGAAUACACAUUAGCCAAGAAAAUAGGCCAGGCUUUAGUGAAGGCUCAUGAAUAUCACAAGGCGGUGAGCUACUAUGAGACGGCUCUGAAGACCGAUGCGCUGGACUGUUGUUUGAGUGUUGAGCUGUCCGAACUGCUGCUUAAACUCAAACGAUUGGAGGAAGCUCAGCAGGUCCUGGAGAAGGCCUUGGAACAUCAACCUACUACUGCAUUGACUACAAUGAUGAAUGAUGUAAAAGUGUUACGACUGUUAGUAAAAGUGCUACGGGCCAAGAACGAGUCCGCUCUGGACGUCGUGCAAAAGGCACACGAUAUCCAGAAAAAAGUAGUUUGCCGUGUUACAAAUGAGCAUCCAGCAGAAUUAGAGGAAGAGAGGAAGUUGUUAUCGUCCAUCUGUUGUGACUGGGCUCAUGAGUUUCACCUCAAACACGACCUGGAAAUGGCCAAACUACGCUAUACAGACGCUUUAAAUCACAGCCCAGACAAUGAAGAGAUCCUCUUUCAUCUCGCUCAGUUACACUAUGAUCAUCAGAAACUGGACUAUAGCGAGGAACUGUGUGUGAAGAUACUGCAGCUCAACCACAACCACACCGCUGCCUCAAUGCUGUUGGCUGAUACAUUGUUUUGGAAGAACCAAAAAGAGGAAGCAGUGAAGAUUUAUGCUUGUAUAAUGGAGCGGAACCCAGACAACUUUCAUGCCAUGGCCAAGUUUCUACACAUUCUGCGCAGGAUGGGGAAACUAGACGACGUCCAGUCUGUUUUUAAGGCGUGUGAAAAGUUCUGUCUGCUGUCGGUCAGAGAAGCGGGGUUUAAUUACUGCAAGGGGUUUUACUUCUGGCACACCUACCAUGUGACCGAGGCCCUGACGCACCUGAACCGGGCCCGAGGAGACGCGGACUGGGGAGAACCAGCUGUAGAACUGAUGGUCCAGAUCUGUCUGAACCCUGACAGGGAUGUUUUAGAUGAAGGGCCGAAGGACUUGAGCGAGUCCGAGAAUGAGAUGAGACUGAGCACAGCUCAAAAUCUGCUGUCGAUGUUUCGCCCGCGCUGUAAAUCUGAGCAGGACAAGCUCAGGCUGCUGUCUAACCUCUGCCGGAUCUACAGUAAAGAGGACAAACAUGUGGAGAGAGCCGUGCUGGAGCUCACAGACACGCUGUCCAACAACGUGAUGUUAGAGGCCUCUUUGCUGGCGAUGGCUCAAGGUUUCCUUCAGCUUAAACAGAUUCCCAGAGCCAGAAACUUCCUCAAGCGCCUCACCCGGAUGGAGUGGACCGACGCAAACGCUGAUCACUUGGAGAACGCGUGCCUGCUCUUGGCUGACAUGUACAUAAAGCUGGGAAAAUACAAUCACGUGGACAAACUGCUCGACAGCUGCAUACGACAUAAUAAGUCGUGUUGUAAAGCGUACGAGUAUCAUGGUUUGAUGAUGGAGAACGAGCAGAGAUACAGAGAUGCAGCGCUGCAAUAUGAACUGGCCUGGAAAUACAGCAACAGAGUGGAUCCUGCAGUCGGGUUCCGGCUCGCCUUCAACUGUCUGAAGUGCAGGAAUUACACGCAGGCUGUUGACGUGUGUCGUCAGGUUCUGCAUCAGCGUCCAGAUUACCCACAAAUCCACAGUGAGGUUCUGACCCGAGCUCAGCUCUCGCUCCGUCUGUGAUGUCAUUUCCCUUGUGAAACACUGACAUUGAGAGAUGUUAGUUAGA